AUGUGCCAAUUCAACCUCACAGCAUCAACUGAAUUCAUUCUGAUGGGAGUCACACGGCAGCCUGAGUGGCAGCUUCCCCUUUUUGGGGUCUUCCUCAUCAUCUACACAAUCACAGUGCUGGGCAACCUGGGCAUGAUCAUUUUGACCAAGCUCGACUCCCGCCUCCACACGCCUAUGUACUUUUUUAUCAAACACCUGGCUUUCAUUGAUCUUGGUAACUCAACUGUCAUUUGUCCGAAGAUGCUAGUAAAUUUUGUUGUGGAUCAAAAUACCAUUUUCUAUUACACAUGUGCUACACAGAUGGCUUUCUUCAUUAUGUUCAUCAUUAGUGAACAAUUUGUCUUGUCAGCCAUGGCGUACGACCGUUAUGUGGCCAUCUGUAACCCGCUACUGUAUAAUGUUAUCAUGUCUCAGGGACUAUGUCACAUGUUGGUGGGGAUUUCAUACCUCUACAGCACGUGCCAGGCUCUGAUGUUCUCUAUUAAGAUUUUUACAUUGACCUUCUGUGGCUGUAGCUAUAUUGCUCAUUUCUACUGUGAUCCUAUUCCCUUGUUACCUAUGCUCUGCUCCAGUGCAGAGGAAAUAGAAUUGUUGGCUAUUCUAGUUUCAGCAUUUAAUUUGAUCUCCUCCCUGCUGGUGGUCCUGGUAUCUUACAUGCUGAUUCUGUUAGCCAUACUUCGAAUGCAUUCUGCAGAAGGGAGAAAAAAGGCUUUUUCCACCUGUGGUUCUCAUCUCACAGCAGUAGCUGUGUUCUAUGGGUCUCUCUUCUUUAUGUAUUUACAGCCCAAAUCCACUCACUCCUAUGAUACAGAUAAAAUGGCCUCUGUGUUUUAUACAUUAGUGAUCCCCAUGCUUAACCCCAUGAUCUACAGUUUAAGAAACAAUGAGGUAAAAAAUGCCUUUUUUAGGGUCCUUAGCUAUUGA